AUGAAAUUCAGUAAGCAUUUAAAGGCUUUAAUGAAGAAAAACUAUAUUCUUUGGAAAAGGAAUAUGUGUUGCUCUAUUUUCGAAAUACUGCUUCCUUUUCUCUUAGUUUUGAUUUUCGUUGUUCUUAGAGGCUAGGUUGAUGAUGAUUUUAUUCCUAUGAAGUCAUUUUAUCCUGAAAAAACUGUUUUACCUCCAAACUACUAAUCUUUAGGAACUAAUCCUAAAAAUGGAGCCCCUAUUCCUCCUCAUAUGAAAGAUUGUCUCACUGGAAGUUCAUCUAAAUAUCCAUCUUAUAGAAAUGGAUACAUUGCCACUAUAGGUCCAGAUGAUUUACUUAAGCCUUUAGAGAAUAUUUUCAAAUAAAACUAUAACUACUAAACUAAAAGAUACACCUCCGUUGAAGAUAUGACUUCUUACGCUUCUUCUAAAGACUAUAAUAAUGAUAUUUGUUUAGGUAUUGCUAUAGAUUCGUUCUAAAAUAAUAUUUUUAAAUAUCGUCUUUUUUUCAAUGCUUCUACUGCAAAUGAUCCUGAGAUACCACAAACUAUUAAACCUGAUGUCAUUAAGUAUCUUUUUGAAGAUAAAAAAAAUCAACUUGAUCCUUGGGUUGAUAGCGGAUUUCUUACCAUUUAAAACUGGAUAGAUAACUAGAUUUUAUAGUACACCACAUAAGAUACCACUUAGCAAAUUUAAGCCAGCAUUACUUCAAUGCUUGUUGACGAUCACUAUAAAAAUCCUUUGGUAGAAAGUUUAAAAGGCAAUAUGGGAGUCUUCAUUGUUUUACCAAUGAUUUUGGUUUAUUUAAGAAUGACAUAUGGACUUCUUAUCGAGAAAGAAAAGAAAAUUAGAGAAGGCAUGAAAGUUAUGGGAAUGAGUGAUUCUAGUUUCUAUGCUUCAUGGAUUAUUUACUAUUUAAUCAUCUAUAUCAUGUGUAGUAUUCUUGUUGCCAGUGCUCUAAAGGCUUCUAUUUAUGUUUCAUCUGACUGGAGUGUUAUCUUUAUCUGGCAUUUGCUAUUUGGAAUUUCUCUGAUUUUCUAAAGUCUUUUUAUCACUACCUUUUUUACUAAGGCUCAAGUAGGAAAUAUAUUUGCUAUGGUUUUCUUCUUAUUUUAGUAUAUGGCUAAUAUGAUUCUAAGUAGCGAUGAUAAUCCUACAAAAUCUACUAAAGUUGGAAUUUCAAUCUUGCCUUAAGCAGGUACAGUUUUGGGUUGUGAUGUCUUCCUAAUUUCAGAAAGCUCAAAGAAAGGAAUUUAGUGGUCAAAUUUAACUGACGAAAUUGUCAACUACUCUGUAGCUAUUAAUAUGAUUAUGGAUAUCAUAAAUAUCAUUAUCUUUAUUAUUCUUGCCUUAUACUUUGACUAAGUAUUUCCUAAUGAUUUUGGAAAAAAGCGUCAUCCUCUAUUCUUUAUUAGUUGGAUUUGGGAAAAAAAAUUGACUCCUGAAGAAAAGAAAAGAAAACUUUUAGAAAAUGCAAAGGGUGAAUAACAGUUUGACUUCAAUGAUAAUUUCGAAGAUGUUCCAUAAAACCUAAAAGACCAAGAAGAACUUAACUAAGCAGUAAAAAUAACAAAUUUAAGGAAAAUUUAUCCUUCAGGAAAGAGUGCAGUUAAUGGUUUGAGCUUUUCUAUGUACAAUGGCUAAAUAUUUGCGUUGUUAGGACAUAAUGGCGCUGGUAAAACUUCAACAAUAUCUAUGCUUACUGGUAUGUAUGAAAUGACUGAUGGUGCUGCUACUGCUUUGGGAAGAGAUGUUGAAUCUGAAAUGCAAGAAAUUCGUACUUUUAUGGGAGUUUGUCCUCAAUAUGACAUUUUAUUUGAUAACUUAUCAGUUAAAGAACAUUUAGAGCUAUUUGCAUCUUUUAAAGGUAUGACAGAUAAUCAAGAAAUACAAAAAUAAGUACAAAAACACAUUGAAGAUGUUGAUUUGUAAGAAAAAACUAAUGAACUUGCAAAAAAUCUCUCUGGUGGGUAAAGAAGAAGACUUAGUGUUGCAAUAGCCUUUAUCGGAGGUAGCAAAUUAGUCUAUUUAGAUGAGCCAACUAGUGGUAUGGAUACAUCUGCUCGUAGACAUAUUUGGGAUAUGCUUAAAAGGUAUAAGAACGACAGAAUUAUUUGCUUGACUACACAUUUUAUGGAUGAAGCAGAUUAUCUUGGAGAUAGAAUAGGAAUAAUGGCAGAUGGAUAACUUGUUUGUUUGGGAAAACCUCUUUUCUUAAAGAAUAAAUUUGGAACUGGUUAUAAUUUAACAGUUGUAAAGAAGAAUCCUACAGACGACUCAUAACCAAUUAUAAAUUUAGUUAAGAAACAUAUCAAUACUGCUGUUAUUUUAUCAGAUGUAUCAGCUGAGGUUGUUUUCUAACUUUAAAAUGAGCAUGCUCCAAAAUUCCCUGCACUUUUCUUAGAACUUGACAACUCAUUUUAAUAGUUAAGUAUCUAAACAUAUGGUAUUUCAAUUACUACUUUAGAAGAAGUUUUCUUAAAAGUUGCCCAUUUAAAAGAAGAAAAAAUAAAGGAAUAGAAAAAGAAGUAAUAGUAAGCUGAUCAUUAAAAAAACAGCAAAAUCUACUUAAAUAUUCCUAAUUCAUAAGAUGUUAAUGGAGAUAUUGAGAACUAAUAGGGUUAAAGCAGAAAUGGAUCUGAAGAAAAUUGUAUAGAUGAAGUCGAUAAUUUCGAUUUAAAUCAAGUAAGAGUAACAAAAACUUAUCAAAAAUUUUAAUAUCAUAUGAGAGCUUUAAUUGUUAAGAGAAUAAUAUCAUUUAAAAGAGAUAUAAGAUCACUUUUAUGUGAGGUUAUUUUACCAUGCUUGAUUGUUGUUGUAGGAUUAAGUUUAACUUUAAUAACUUUUAUCAAAGAACAAGACACUAUUAUAAUAGAUCCUAUCAAUUUCCCCUAACCACUCAAAGUAGUUUCUAGUAAUUCACCUGGUUUACCUCAUUCAAGUAUUGAUGCUCUAUUUAGCUCAUUUAAUAAGAAAGGCUUGUAUAAUUUUAAUGAAUAAUAUGAUUUAUAAGCUAGUUAAUGGGAGUAAUCGGCUUACAAAGCAAAAACUGAUAGUGUAACAGGUUCUUACUAUAUUGAAGACAUUGAUUCAUCAAAUAUAUUUAAAUAUACAACAGAAGUUAACACAAUUUAUAGAGACGCAGCUCCCUUAUAUAUAAACUAGAUGAAUGAAGCAUAUAUUAAUUAUAAACUUUCUAAAUUAGGAAAACCAUCAAUCACUCUAUAGAUUACUAAUUAACCAUUACCUUUAACAUAUACAUUAAAAAACCUCUCUGGUACAGCAUAAGGUCUUGUGGCUAGUUUUAUAUAUGCUAUAGCUUUUUCAUUUAUUCCUGCUUCCCUUAUCUCGUUUAUAGUAAAAGAGCGUACUGAAAAAAUUAAGCAUUAAUAAUUAGUAAGCGGAGUCAGUUUAUACACAUAUUGGUUCAGUAAUUACUUUGUUGAUUUUAUAAAGCAUAUUGUCCCUGCAGUAUUUUCUAUUCUAAUGAUUCUUGCUUAUGAUAUAUCCUCUUUCACUGAUGGUUCCUGCUUCGGAGCUGUAUCUUUUAUGAUGUUCCUCUAUGGAUGGUCAAUUAUACCCUUCUCAUAUUUCAUUGGUUUUGUUUUUGGCGACUAUGGCAAUGCAUAAGUUUCAGCUUUCUUUAUAAACUUCUUAUUUGGUGGUAUCAUGCCUAUGGUAAUUUUCAUUCUCAGAAUUAUAGAUUCAACUAAAUCAGCAGGAAAAGCUUUAGGAUGGAUACUUAGAAUAGUUCCUUCCUUCAGCUUUGGUUAUGGUAUAAUGAACAUAGGCAAUAGAAAUUUAUAUGCCUUGUAAAAUAACUAAAAGGAACUUGAUUCACCUUUCUCUAUUGAUAUUGCUGGCGCAGAUAUUAUUUUUAUGAUAAUAGAAGGAAUUAUUUACUACUUAUUAGUGUUUAUAGUUGAAAAUUACAACCAAAUUUCUUUCCUAAGUAACAUGUUUUCAAAAGAAAAAUAAGUUAAGUAUGAACCAAAAGAAUAUGAUGAAGAUGUUUAGAAAGAAAUUGAUAUUAUCAAUCAAACCGAUCCUUCAGAUUAUACUGUUAGAGUUAACAAACUAAGAAAAGUUUUUAUUCCAGCAAAAGACAGAAUCAAAGUAGCUGUUGAUUAGGUAUCAUUUGGUAUUGGAAAUGGCGAAUGCUUCACUCUUUUGGGAGUAAAUGGUGCAGGAAAAACUACAACAUUUAAAAUUUUAUCAGGUGAAAUUUAACAAACUUCAGGAGAAUGCCACAUUAUGGGAUAUGAUUUAUAAACUCAAAUUAAUCAAGCACGUAAUUAUAUUGGCUAUUGUCCAUAAUUCGAUGCCUUGUGUGAUAAUUUAACAGCAAGAGAACAUUUAGAAAUGUAUGCAUUAAUUAAAGGAAUUCCUAUAGAAAUGAGAGAAAAAUUAGUUGCUAAAAAAAUCAAAGAAAUGGAUUUGACAGAAUUCGAACAUAAGCUAGCAGGUACUUAUAGUGGAGGUAACAAACGUAAGCUAAGCGUAGCUAUAGCUAUGUUAGGUAAUCCUCCUAUUGUUUUUCUUGACGAGCCUUCUACAGGAAUGGAUCCUGCAGCUAGACGUUUUAUGUGGGAUGUUAUUUCAAGAAUAUCUACUAAACGUAAAAGUUCAAGUGUAAUAUUAACAACCCAUUCAAUGGAAGAAGCUGAAGCUCUCUCAACAAGAGUUGCUAUUUAAGUAGAAGGUAUUUUGAAGUGCAUUGGAAGUAUAUAAUAAAUUAAGGAUAAAUUUGGUGAAGGUUAUGAGGUUGAAAUCAAAUUAAAAAUACCUACAGAAUAAGAGCUUAUUCAGAAACUUAGUUCAUACGGGAUUUCCUAAGCUUAAGUUAAAGAAUAAAUUCACUAUGGUUAGCUUGAAUAAUAUCUUUAAAAAAUGAAUGCUUUCAAUCUCUAUGAGUAAAUCAAUGAUUAAGGUAAUGGUAAAUAAUUGUACGCUAGAUUGACUUCUGAUUACGGAGUAAGCUUAUUAUCUCUAGCACAAUAUGUGAUAUUAGAAUAAAAUGGAGAAAACCUAAAAACAUUUAUAGAAAAAAAAUUAGGUGAAUAUAGUAUUAUUGAACAUUUUGAUGAUUUCUACAGAUUUAGAAUUUAGUCUGACAUAUCUAUUGGUAGAAUGUUUGAAGUUUUCGAAAACAAUAAAAAUCAGUUGUUGGUUGAAAAUUAUUCAGUAAAGCAAGCUUCUAUUGAAUAAAUUUUCAACUUGUUUGCAACAAAUUAAAUUAAGGUCAAUUCAUAAAAAUAAAAAAUUUAGAAUGAUAAAAAUAAUAAAGACUAGUCAAAUUAAUAAAACAGUCCAUCAUAGUCUAAUGGGUAAAGGUCAAUUGAAAUGAAUUAGCUCCGAAUUAUACCUAAAACCAAUAAAAAAUGA